GGUAUCCAAAAGAAUCCGCACUCAUCAAGUUCUCAAAUUCAAAGCAUUUGUACGUAGCCAACACCCAGCAGUAGCAAUGGGUGAGAUAUUUAGGAAGACCGUCGAAAAAAAUGAGAGUGGGGGAAGCAAAUUGAAGCUUCGCCGUUCAGAAUUUGACAAACUUCCAAAGGAGGAGUUCUCGGUUAGAGAUAAUCGGAGUGAAGAUAGAAUAUGGAAGUGUCACCGCAGCCGCCAGUCCGGUCAGUACUAUCUUGUUAUAGAUGGGAAUGAUUUUGUUAUUAACGAUGGUAGCAAGAUCAGCCUUCUCGACGAAGCUAAUCAUUGCGACCCGGAAGCUACGCGGUACAAAUUUGAAGUCGAAAAUAAUUGAGAAAGUGGCUGUUCAUAUUUUUAUACAUGCUUUUAAGUAUUCUCUAGUUAAGUGUCUUUUUUAGAGUAAAAUAUGUUUUUUUCA